AUGCUGGAAGCGGUUCAGCAUCGCUGGCUCACGCACCACACCCGUGCCUUUUACGUCAAUCGGUACGCCAUUCCCAAGAUCCUGCAUUUCCUUGCAGCCGACAUCCCGCCGCCCGAAGUCGUCAAUUUCGUCCGUGGGGGCAAGGGCAGGACCAGCUACGGCAGAGACAUUGUGUUCACCGCCAAGAACAAGGGGGGACUCGGGGUGAUAAGGAUGCGGGACGUUGUGGACGCGGUUGCGGCACGGCUCUGGGACGUUCUUCUCGGCGGUUCCGGCGCGAUUUGGCAAGGACUUGCGCGCGCAUCACUCCAGCGAGCUCAGCCCGACCUCGACCUGGCCACAUCCAUCCACUCCCAUCCCCAACGACCUUCAUCCCCGAUGGCACGCCGCACUGGGCGUUCCGAAACUUCACGACGCACAGGUCAACCCGAGGGCCUUGACCACCGCGAACUUACUCGCGCUGCCCACCCUGCUCGGCAGCCUCCACACCCCCAUCAGAGGGAGACAGACCAUCGACGCGGUUCAUGUACCUGACUACCUUCGUCUCCAGGGCUACCCGUAUGAAGGAACAAUAUACCACUGCACCAAAAGGCGAGGCACCUCUACUUCAGUGAGCGCAUAUUGUCCUAGAAGUGAGAUGGAGCGAAGUUCAACACCCCCCUGUGCGCGAAGCUGAAGAGCUUGUGGCAGUGGGUGCGGCUGUGAGGCAACUGGGCAUGUUGAUCAGGUCGCUUGGGCAAGUGCAGCUUGGGCACUGUGAGCACUGUCGAUGCGCCAGGGUGCUUGGCACGCCGCUGGGCAAGUGCGGGGGCCGGGACGCUGAGUGUAUGCGCGCAAAAUUGCCUGACCCCAGGGGGGAUUGAACUCAUGACCUGCUGGUUGCUCUGGGCUCAUAACCUAUGAAGGAACAAUAUACCACUGCACCAAAAGGCGAGGCACCUCUACUUCAGUGAGCGCAUAUUGUCCUAGAAGUGAGAUGGAGCGAAGUUCAACAACCCGAAGGUGGCGGAUCUCUAUCGACGCGAGUUGUAUGCGGGUGGGGGGUUUCACCUCUGGACGCCGCCUGCGGAUGUGCUCGGCGACAACAGCGAGUACAAUCGACGCGGGCUCCCGCAGCGACUGGCAAUCGCGGCCUGGUACCGGUUCACUGUCGAUCGACACAAGAACACCCCCUUGGCGGCGGCGGUGGCGGCGGGACGACUCAACGUGCCUCCCCGGAUCGGCACCAGCGCACCACUCGAGGCGAUCAUCCCCAAGCCCGUGGCCCGCUUCGCAAUGGAGCAGCGCCUUCCGGACCCGGUGCUUCCACAACAGGCGAGCCAGUAUACGCUGCUGAACAUGGCUCGCCCCUACACAGUCCGUCGCAUCCGCCGGGUCCUGAACGUGAAGGCAUUUACCAACAUGCUCGGGCUCAAGGGACCACCGCAGCCGGACGACCUCAGGAGCUUCUGGAAGGCAGUCAACUCGAAGGCACUGACGGCGAGGGAGAGGGAAGUUUGGUUCAAGCUAUGA